AUGACAAGACUGAAGCCCACCGUAUCCCCUGCAUUUCUGGAGGAGUUCAGCGAUCGAAUCGAACGGCUAAACAGUCUUCUCGCGGAAGGUGAUACUAUGAUCUCGAAUUUUGUAAGGAAAUUCGGGAUAUCGUCGGUAUCGCUGCCCUAUUCUCCCGAUUUCUCAGCAGACCGAUACGAUAACGGCCUGCGCACCGUGCAUAUCACUAGUGUUGACGGCAAGCAAAGGAUGCACUGGUAUCGUGCAGGAGCACCCGCUGGCUCAGCGAGCCAUAUACCUUCAGGCUCUACAGAAGCGACUACACAGACCGUCAAUGGUAGUGUUGUCGUCAAGAAAACUGUUGGUCACCCAGAACUGUCGUUCUCGGAGAUCUCAUUGGGGUGUUUACGACCAGACAUCAUGUCGAUGACCCAGCACGAAGAAGCAGAGGAAACUUUUUGCACCACUCCAAUACCGAGCCUGAAGGUUCCCACACCAUGUAUACCUCCAACCUCACCCGAAAUCGAUCGGAUCCAUGAUGACUCCACCGAUCCCCGCUCAACUGUUGAAAAGGCCUUCUGUCACGGGCGACAGACAGCCAGGCCCUUCAUCAUCCCGUCCGCUCUGCUGAUGAUCAUGCCAUGGAUACUGUCGAAGUACCUCAUCCUACCCUGGUUGACCAGCAUAGCCUACAGCUCACCCUAGCAAGAUCUUUGCAUCAUACAUCAAAUCUAAGAUAUAAGAGCUCCUCGCUCCGUGGUUAGUAGCGACCCCUGCAAGAUUUGAUCGCACCUAUAGUAUCCCUGGAGUAUCAAGCGGGCUUUCGUAAUGUCGUCCAAAUCAAAGACCAUCAAGGCUGCGCGCCUGGCCAAAUUAGAAUAUUGCGGGGAUUAGACACCCGCUCCAUGACAUGGCGCCGAUCCGGAUAUCUCAAUCAAGCA